ACCGUUGGUGUAUCCUGAGUAGAGUCAGUGGUGACGUGGCAGACCAAUUUGAGUAUUUGUCGCAUGAUGAAAUGGUGAAAAUGAGAAACCUUUGAUCCGACGUCGUUUAUGGUUAUGGCGGAAACAACAACCUCGUCUUCCUCUUCCUCUUCUUUAGACGACUCGAAUGUUACACGCAACAAGUUAUGGAAAGUUGCAUUUGCUGUCUCCGGAAUCAUGCUCACCCUUGUCACCUAUGGCGUCUUGCAGGAAAAGAUCAUGAGAGUCCCAUAUGGGGUGAACAAGGACUACUUCAAAUAUUCUCUCUUUCUUGUUUUCUGCAACCGUAUCACUACCUCAGCUGUUUCUGCAGCUGCUUUAGUGGCAAGGGAUAAAGCAUUGCUUCCUGUUGCUCCCAUUUAUAAGUAUUGCCUUGUUUCAGUAUCAAACAUACUGACCACAACUUGUCAAUAUGAGGCCCUCAAAUAUGUCAGUUUCCCUGUUCAAACUCUUGCGAAAUGUGCUAAAAUGAUACCUGUUAUGAUAUGGAGCGCUCUGAUAAUGCAAAAGAAAUAUCAAGGAACUGAUUAUUUGUUGGCAUUCUCAGUAACCCUUGGCUGCUCAAUAUUCAUCUUAUAUCCGGCAGGAACUGACAUAAGUCCAUAUGGUAGAGGAAGGGAAAAUACUAUUUGGGGUAUUCUCCUAAUGAUUGGCUAUCUUGGGUUUGAUGGCUUUACAAGCACAUUUCAAGAUAAGUUGUUUAAAGGCUAUGACAUGGAAAUACAUAAUCAAAUAUUCUAUACUUCUUUGUGUUCUUGUAUGCUUAGCCUGACCGGUCUUAUCGUACAAGGACAUUUAAUACCAGCUAUAGAGUUUAUUUAUCACCAUAAUGAUUGUUUCUUUGACGUAUUAUUGCUUUCAACCGUUGCAACAGCUAGUCAAUUUUUUAUUUCCUACACAAUUCGCAAUUUUGGUGCUUUAACAUUUGCUACUAUAAUGACAACUAGACAGUUGGUCAGCAUUAUUUUAUCAUGUGUGUGGUUUGCACAUCCUCUCAGCUCAGAACAGUGGAUUGGAGCUGUAGUUGUCUUUGGCACCAUUUAUGCAAAAAGCUUCUUAAGAAAAACACCUCAAAGAACAACCUCCCUUGAAGAAACUGUACAAAAUGGAAAUUCAAAUAAUUUGAGGGAGAACCCGUGAUGGAUUCGCAGACCUAACGCCUGGUUACUGCAGUGAUUGGUGCAGCUUCGGUUUUAAGUUUGAAGCUGCACAUUCAAUAUCUCAGGUUGUGGAUAAUGCAUUAUAGGCAUGUUGUUUGACAUAAAUCAAGACAACCUCCAACUUGGUAACACAAUCACAACAAUGGAGGACUUUGUAGGAUGUUAACACUUCAUUUUUUUUUUCAAUAGGGAGAUCAAUUAUAGACUAAGCAAAGCAAAAGAAAAGUUUAUAGAUUGAAAUAUGUACAAGUGUUAGCUCUAGCAAGGUUGUUUUUUGGUUUAGUAUUCCAUUAUGUCUUUUGUUUUUUGGUUUAGUAUUCCAUUGUGUCUUUUGGUAGUUCAAAAGCAAAUUUUAACUAACUUUAUCCUAUU